AUGGAGGUGCAUCGAAAAAGAAAACUCCGACAGAGGCUAGGCUGCCCUGAAUAUGGGUCCGGAUCGGUACCUCUCAAUCCCAGAGGGCACAGCGCCCUGUGUGGUUACACGGUCCCGGAGCCGCUCGCCAAAAGUAUCACAUGGCAGACGCUGCAGGCCGUCAACUUCUGCCACAAACAAAAUUGCAUCCAUCGAGACGUCAAACCAGAGAACAUUCUCAUCACCAAACACCACGUCAUCAAACUCUGCGACUUCGGCUUCGCCAGGAUUCUCACGGGCCCAUGUGACUACUACACAGACUACGUAGCUACACGCUGGUACCGAGCCCCUGAGCUCCUUGUGGGGGACACUCAGUAUGGCCCCCCGGUGGAUGUGUGGGCCGUGGGCUGUGUGUUUGCUGAGCUGCUCUCAGGUCUGCCUCUGUGGCCCGGCAAAUCUGACAUGGACCAACUCUACCUCAUCAGGAGAACACUGGGAGACCUCAUUCCCCGACAUCAGCAGGUCUUCAGCAACAAUCAGUUUUUCAGCGGAGUGUCCGUUCCUGAGCCUCAGGAGAUGGAACCUCUGGAGCAGAAAUAUCCAAAUGUCUCACCUCAAGCUCUGAGUUUAAUGAAGGGCUGUCUGAAAAUGGAUCCAUCAGAACGGCUUUCGUGUGAGCAGCUCCUCCGUCACCCGUACUUCGAUUCGCUCCGAGAGAAAAACCAAACCACAUCCAGAGACCAAGACCGGACCAACAAGAGGACCAGACCCCAACGGAAGCACCUCCCACCGGGGUAUCUACCACAGUUGACUGGCAGCAGCAUCUUCCCCGCUCUGGACCAUAAGAAAUAUUACAACAACCUCCGAAAAUGCAACUAUCACCUCCCCAAUAUUUGAGCUGCCCAUUCACAAACACACCUUCAAAACACACAAACACACACACACAAAAAAUGUCUUUUACACAUUUGAUGCGUUUUCUGAAGUUUAAAGGUCCUAUAUUACGCAAAACUGACUCCUGUGAGCUUUAAGUCAUGUUCUAAUGGUGUUCCCUCCUCAAAAAGAGACCUGGAGUUGUGUUUUGUUUCAU